AUGAAAUCAGCUUUAAAAUUUGAAAUAUUAGCAAAAUGUUCAACAACUAAAGCAAGGGUAUCUAAAUUGACUUUACCACAUGGUUUAGUUGAUUUGCCUGUGUUUAUGCCCGUUGGCACUCAAGGAACUUUAAAAGGUUUAACACCAAAACAACUAGAAGAUUUAAAUUGUCAAAUAAUGUUGAAUAAUACUUAUCAUCUAGGAUUAAGACCCGGACAAGAAUUGCUAGAUGAAAUUGGCGGAUCACAUAGAUUCCAGAAUUGGAAUAGAAGUUUAUUAACUGAUAGUGGUGGAUUUCAAAUGGUAUCAUUAUUAAAGUUGGCAUCGAUAACAGAAGAAGGCGUUGAAUUUCAAUCACCUCACGACAACACCAAAAAAAUGUUAUUAACACCUGAACAUUCAAUGUCAAUACAAAAUUCAAUUGGUGCCGACAUUAUAAUGCAAUUGGAUGAUGUUGUGUCAUCCUUAACAACAGGUCCUAGAGUUGAAGAGGCAAUGCAUAGAAGCAUUAGAUGGUUAGAUAGAUGUAUUAAAGCUCAUAAAAAACCUGAUGAGCAAAAUCUAUUUGCUAUAAUACAAGGUGGAUUGGAUGUAGAUUUAAGGAAAACAUGUCUUCAAGAAAUGAUUAAACGUGACACACCUGGAUAUGCUAUUGGUGGAUUAAGUGGUGGAGAAGAAAAAGAUAUUUUUUGGAAAAUGGUUACAUUAUGUACAAAUUCUUUACCAGAAAAUAAACCGAUAUAUUGUAUGGGAGUUGGGUAUGCAGAAGAUUUGGUUGUGUGUAUAGCAUUAGGUGUUGACAUGUAUGAUUGCGUAUAUCCCACUCGUACAGCCAGAUUUGGUAAUGCAUUAACUUCGAAAGGCCAAUUAAAUCUAAAAUCAACCAGAUUUGCAUCAGAUUUUAGACCAAUUGAACAAGAUUGUAAUUGUUUAACAUGUAAAUCGUUCACCAGAGCCUACAUUAAUGAAACAGAUUAG